CAUACACACAAUGGCCAAGCGGAAGCAGGAUCCAGAGGAGCUGCCCGAUGCGCCAGAGAGCAGGGGCAAGGGCAAGAAGAACGAUGACGAGUCCGACAGCGACGAGGACAUGGACAUGGUUAACGUCGACUUUGAGUGGUUCGAUCCCAAUCCGGCUGUUGACUUCCACGGCCUGAAGACGCUGCUGCGUCAGUUGCUUGACGUGGAUAACCAGCUGUUUGACAUCAGUGAACUCGCCGACCUGAUCCUGUCGCAGCCGCUGCUGGGCAGCACGGUGAAGGUCGACGGCAGCGAGACAGAUCCGUAUGCGUUCUUGACCGUGCUGAAUCUGGAGACACACAAGGACAAGAAAGUAAUCCGCGACCUGCACGCCUACCUCAGCAAGAAGGCGCCCUCGCUGCUCCCCGCCGCACCCGCACAGAUCGGCCUGAUCCUCACCGAGCGCUUCAUCAACAUGCCCCACGAGAUCGUGCCGCCCAUGUACACCAUGCUGAUGGAGGAGAUCCAAUGGGCCGUCGAAGAGAAGGAGCCCUAUGCAUUCACACACUACCUCGUGCUCUCGAAAGCAUACUCGGAGGUAGCCUCGAACCUGCCGGCGGUAGGCCAGCCGCCCAGCAAGAAAAAGAAGGCGGGCAAGGCCGAGGAGGAGACGUUCUACUUCCAUCCUGAGGACGAGGUGCUGCACCAGCACGCUACUGGCCACACGACUUUUGACUAUGAUACCCCGGUGGACGAGGGCGCGAGUGACAGCAAGAGAGCGUUCCAGGAGAUGGGUGUCAGGCCGCAGGGGCAUCUGACGCUGAUCGAGGCGGGCAGGUUUGCGGGCGCGGUGGAUGCCGUCAAGUCAUUCCUGAACGAGCAGUAGUCAUGAAUCCGAACAAACAAAGACG